AUGGACAACGAUCACUCGACCGACGAUGGCUCUGAACCGAAACGAAAACGCUUAGCACAAGCAUGCGACUCAUGUCGAAGAAAGAAGGUUAAAUGUGAUGGCACUCGACCUGUGUGUGGCACAUGCAGCAAAAUGGGAAGGACGUGUACAUACAACCCUGUUGUUCAGAAGCGUGGACCGCGACAAGGAUACAUCGAGAUUAUCGAGAAGCGUCUAGACAAGAUGGAACGGUUACUUUCUCAGCAUCAUCAACAGCAGCAGCAGCAUAGCACGGACCAUCAUCAUCAUCAUCAUCAUCCACAAUCACCCAUGAGUGAAAAGAGUAGUCUACAACAUACCAAUCAUGAUCGAUCUACAUCAUCCGGUUCAUUCCCAUCACCAUCCCUUGGAACGACUCCCAAUAAUGCUGCUACCAUCAUGCCUUUAUCAUCAUCACCUUCAUCCAACAUUCAACCACCACAACAAUCCACCCUCCCAGAAUCAAUACUGCCGCCUUCCGAUGUAAUCGAUCAUCUUGUCAAAGUCUUUUUCAAUUGCAUCACCAAUUAUGUGGGUAUCUUCAACGAAGAAUCAUUACUACGAGAUAUUCGUGAACGUCGUUGCUCCGAUUUCUUGAUCUUAUCCAUUCUGUCUGUUGCUGCAAGGUAUUCGGAUCGCCCUGAUAUCUGUGAAGAACCGCCUUGGCAUUCAGGAGAAAAGUAUGCUUGCAAAGCACGUUCAAUCCUCUUUUCGUCCAUCGAUAUACCAAGUCUCAGCAAUGUGCAAGCAUUAAUACUAUUGACAAUGCACGAAUACAGCUGUGCAAGAGGUCCAAGGAGUUGGAUGUAUUCUGGUAUGGCUGUCAGAAUGGCCUUGGAAUUGGGGUUGAAUAAGGACAUUGAUCUGAAAGAGAAUGGAAAAAGAACCAUGUCAGUGGAUCGAUGGAUUGAGAUUGAAGUACAACGCCGAGUAUUCUGGGCGGUGUUUACAUUAGACAAAUUGCUAAGUGCAUCCACGGGUCGACCCUCCAUUCUACAAGAAGAUGAUUGUGAGACUUUAUUACCCUGCGACAAAUAUGAGCAAUGCACUGGUGAAAUCUACACUGAAUCCAUUUACAAGGAGAGAUCGGUCCUUUUUACCGUGCGACGGCUCCCAGAAAACAGCAACAUGCUUGAAGUCGUAACGACAUUGAACCCAACAUCACCCGACAAUACCAAGAAGCGACGACUCAGCUGUAUAGCGUACAUGCAUCGAAUGUCAUCAUUACUCGGCAAAGUUACAGCUCACGUCAAUCGUAAGAGCCGCCAAGGCACGCUUUUGAGCUUGAAUGGACCACCUCCUGAAACGAUGGAGCUUGAUCAAGAAAUUGAAAAGUGGGAUAAGGAAUUACCACCAGAGCUACAAGAUACGCAUGGGAAUGAUAAACGCUUUAAAGAAGGACAACUAUCAGAUGGCCCACGCUAUAUCUUGCUUCAUAUGUCGCACCAUUCUCUGAUUGUUCUAUUACAUCGUCCUUCGUUGGCAGUGAUGGAUUCGUUAAAAGAUCAUCCAGUAUCAAGUCAUGUGAAGGAUAUCAUUACACGCAACGCAUCAAAGUGUCUCGCAGCCGUGGAUCGUGUUACAGACCUAUUGAGAAGAAUCAAGAAUGAUCGAGCCAUGAUUUCUCCCUUUGUAUCAUACCUGACAUAUACAGUGGCAACAAUCACAGUCAAUACCGUAUUCAAUGGCACACCUGAAGAAUCCAGCAAGGCGAGAGCAGCACUUGCAGAUCAUUUUGCAGUACUUCAGAUCAUGCGCACACAUUGGGCUAUGGCGGAUAAGCUCUAUUUCAUGAUCCGUGAUCUAUACGCCAUGCAUAGCAGCCAUAAAAUGUUACAACGCAACGCAUCAACAUCCUCAGGGCGUGACCAAUGGCAACAGCAGCGACAACAACAAGCACCUUCCCAGCAAUUAAUGAACAAUGGUAGUUGUGGAUCAAUGAUGAUGGGAGCCGCUUCUCCAAAUAGCAGUUGGCCAGCAGUAUCUCACACAAGAACAACGGCAGGACCUGAUUUGGAAAUACAGCAACAUGCCAUAGGAUACCCAGCUACUACAACAACAGCUACAACAACAUCAUCAUCAGCACCUAUACAAGUAUCAACAUCGUCGAUGGAAGGUAAUACAGCACCCGUAGCAGCAUCAUCAUCAUCAUCAAUCCGAGGCAUGUCAUUAGCGGACUUGUCAUUAUCCAGCUGUGAUGGUGCAUCAUGUACUGAUUGGAUUGUGGGCGACAAUAGUAAAUACCUUGCAGCUGCCCUUCAAUCACUCGGCCGUACAUCAUCUACAGAGGACAACCUUAUUGAUAUUGCCAACAUGGCUCCUCCUUUUGUACCAGCUGCAGAUACACAAUGGCCAUUUGAUUUCGGCAACAACGCUUCGAUGCCCCCAAAUAGCCGACCUAGUUGA